GUGUCAGGUCGCAGGCGGGCAAAAUCGUGGAUGGCACCGCGGCUUCCCAUCUCUCCCUCCCUCCCUUUGCUCUUUGCCCUCCUCCUCCUCCUCCUCUGCUGCGAAAAGGAGAGCAGGCUCCCAAUCUCUCCCUACUUUUCGUUCCCCUCGUCCUCCUCCUCCUCCUCUCCUCUGGGAGAGCAUAUAUCAUAUCCGGCGGUGCUCCAGUUUCUUCACCCUUCCUGUCGAGCCGCCUUCUGUUGCCCACCCCGCCCUUCGACUCGUCCCCAGCCGGCGAAAAGGUCUCUCCGGCCGACCCGUCCGCAACCACAAGACCAACCAUGGCAACCUUAGCAGAUCGGAGGGCCGUUGGGAGAAAUGAACCAGAUAGUGAGGUUCUCUCACGAGCGAUGGACGCUAGGGACAGUGUUUUCUACGUCAUGAUGCAUAGAAAGGACGAUCGGGUUUCCAGUUGUGGCACAAGUUUUGCCAUCAAGAAGCGACUAGAUGGCCGAUGUGUCCUUUGCACAGCUGAACAUGCAAUAAAUUUCAAGGACAGCACCGAUAAGAUAAUCGUUCGUAGGAUGUUGUACGGAGAGCAUCCAAGAGUGGAAGAUCUAGAGGCCCGCUUGUUGCUCUCUAACAAACGUGCAGAUCUUGCGCUCUUAGAAGUUCUGACGCCAACUCCAAGUGUUGAGCCUCUGACGUUUGCUCCUAUCAGUUUUGUGCCAAAGGAUGGCACAACAAUAGCUGUUGGUUAUUGCAGCCCAGAGGAUGCUGCAGGCCCCCCUAGGGCCCCGUCAGUUUCUCCAGGAAAGCUGCUGUCAAAACCAAAAGACACUGUAAACAUUGGCGCACGAGCUACAGUGAGUUGUGUCGCUGUACAUGGCAUGUCAGGCUCCCCCGUCAUUAGCAAGUAUGGCGUGAUGGGGGUACUCAUUCGCGGAGUGGUCGACGAAGCCAGCCGGACCGUGAGGACGACCACAGUUUGUAGCGAGACUCUUGGCCUAGUACUCGCAAAAUGGUUGGGGUUACCAUUAAUUCAUACAAAGUCACUAAAGGAGAUGAUUGCCAUGAUUUGAUGAAUACCCUGCAAUUUUUUGUGACGAGACCAGAGCGACGCCUGCCACAUGACGACUGGAGACAUGGUCGAAGCUGUGACCGGUGUGAAUCUAUGAAUGGUUCAGACUAAUUUGUUGAACAUUUUAUAUGUGUCUGUCCAAAAUUACUUUGGAGCGUGUGAAUUAUUAUUGUCGUGUCCCAAAUGAA